AUGGCUGAAUCUACUCCUGAAAGCGAAGAACCAUCCAAGAAAAAGCAAAGAGUCACUGGAGAUGACCUAUAUCGAAGGUCAACGCAAUUUGAAGUAUGGUCGUAUACACCAGAUCAGUUACUACAAACCAAGCACCGAGCCAAUGCAAAAGGAAGACAGUUGGCUCAACUACGUUUCCAGCGGCAAUAUACUCUUGCCAAGCAAGAACACCAAGAACUUUUCGCUUCAAAUCAAGACCAACUCAACGAAUCCAUCGUUUCGCUCCUAACGCCAGAAGAAGAAUCCACCUAUUUGGACUUCUACAUUCAAAACAUCACCACUACAUGCUCAUUUUUCCACAUGCCAACACAAGUCAAGCUCACAGCAGCAUCGUUUUUCAAGAAAUUUUACUUGGUCAACUCAGUAAUGGAAUAUCACCCCAAGAACAUCCUCUACACGUGCAUUUUCCUCGCGGCGAAAUCGGAAAACUACUUUAUCUCGAUCGAUUCGUUCGUCAAGGCACUCAAGGGGGUCACGAACGCGGAUAUAUUGGGGUUGGAGUUCAUCUUGUUGCAAAGCUUGAAAUUCACCUUGUUGGUGCAUCAUCCAGUGAGGCCGCUCUAUGGGUUUUUCCUUGAUUUCCAAGCCGAGUUGCUCCAUCCUGACCCCGUGAUGUAUGACGUGUCCGUUGACACUAUUGGUGGCGUAUACAAUAGGGCCAAGGAAUGGAUUAACAAGUAUUAUAUGUUUAGCGAUGUGGCGUUUUUGUUUGCGCCGCCUCACAUUGCGUUAGCGGCGAUGUAUGAUGUUGAUCGAAGGAUCACUGAUCGGUAUUUGAAGCGCAAGUUCUUGAGGGAUGAAAAGCGGGAGGAUGAAGCUGUGGCGGAGGCGAAAGAGGCGACUGGAGAUGACAGUAAGGAGAAACAUGAGGAAACAAAGGAUGCGAAGGAACCAACUGAACCUAAUGAAGCAAAGGAAACUAACGGAGAGGCAAAGAAACCGCUGCUGCUGCUGCCGCCGCAUCAGCCAACGGGGCGUGAACAAUAUGAAAAUUUGGUACGAUCCAUUCGUAAAUGCAUCAAAUUGGCCAAGGACAUGCCCGUGACUGAUCGUGAACGAAGCAAAGAGAUUGAUAGGAUGUGCUACUUUGCUUUAAACCCAAAGAAAUUGAUAGAUAAACGCAUCAAGAAGUUGACUGCUGAUAAAGUUGAGUAA